AUGUCUCGUCCUGGCAAGUACAAUUUUUCGGGUAAAGUUGCAUUGAUUUCUGGUAGCUCUAGUGGAAUUGGAGCCGCCAUUGCUCUUCAGCUGGCGCAGUACAACGCUCAGCUGACCAUCACUGGAAGGGACGAGAAGGCCCUAGAAGAGGUUGCCAAACAAAUAGAGUCUAUCUCUGGGAAGGCACCACUGCAGCUUGUUGGUGAUCUUCUUGAUUCACAGUUUGUCCCAAAACUGGUAACUGAAACAAUCACCCGUUUCGGCCGUCUGGACUACCUGGUCAACAAUGCCGGAGCCCCGUCGCACGAUGAAAACUUUGAAUCGCCAAAAUUGAUGGAAGUUUACGAUAAGGUGAUGGCCCUAAACGUCAGAGCCCCUCUGCAGCUGACUCAACUGGCGUGCCCAUUUCUGGAAAAGAGCAAGGGAGCCAUUGUCAACAUUAGCAGUUGCGCCAGUGUUCUCCCGGUAAGCAUGACAAUCAGCUCAAACACCAGUUCACCAGUAAACACUGACUUGUAUCAAUUCCAAAAAGUGGAUGCUCAUAUGCUGACCAAAACGAGUGCUGGUCUACUGGCAGGCAAGGGCAUUCGCGUCAACUCGGUCAAUCCCGGGCCGACUGCGACGCGCAAUGGACGUUUCUUUGCCACUGAAAACUACUUUGUAGAGAAUGAGGCAGCACUGAAAGCCUUCACUGCUCUGGGCAGAGUUGGUAAAGCAGAGGAGAUCGCCAAUGUGGCAGUCUUUCUGCUGUCUGAUGAUGCAGUCAACAUGACGGGCAGCAUCGUCCUCGCAGAGGCCGGUGUAAUGGUGAAGAUGAAUUAA